AUGUUGAUCACUGGGAGCGGCUCGGUGGCCCGACACGACACACGGGCAGCGUCGCCGGCGCCGGCGCGUGCGGCCGCGGCGCGACGCAACGCCGAUCGACGCAAUGCGUGGCCAGAAGCGACGCAGCGCGUGAAGCGGCGCAACGUCGGCAGGCUUGCGUCGCGCCGCGGCUCGACUCACCCACAGUACAAAUUAGGUGCCACA